AUGGAAGUCUUCGUACCCCAUAGACUGACAUUUCAUCUUUGUUCCACGUCUCCCCUUCUGUUGACGUUGCUUUUACUCCACACCUUUGACAGUUCCACGACCGUGUCCACGCGCUCUGGCGCUAUUCUCACCUCAAGCCCGCGGCGGACAAGAGACACAUCUGGUGAGGAGGAAGAGACGUCUGUGAGUGAAAUUCUCCUGGAUUCUACCUUCUGCCUCGAUUCAUUAGGCGUAAAACGUGGACUAUUUACCAGAUGGAUUGAUCCUCUUGGCUGUGAAUGCUCCUGUAAUCCAACCGGCAAAUUCGCUGUCAUUAUCUGUGACGAGUCCUGUUCCGGGGCCAGUACGGGGUCAGAGAGCCGGACUCUGGAGCAUGUUCUGGAACUCCCAGACAUCAAUCAGGACAAAGGCAAUCAGAAAUGUGAGGUCGUAUUGCGGUUUUGGUAUUUCCAAUCUCUUUUUAUUUAUUCCGCAAAUAAUUUUAUCGUAAAGUACUUUAAGUUCUCCUAA